CUUCAUUCUUGGCCCCCGUCCCCGGCUCCGUCUCUCAGAGAGACUCUGCUCGACUGUGGUUUGCCGCGUUACAUCGGAGAAAAAGGAGGAAGAGGAGGAGCAAAGAGCAGAAGCCCCUCGCGGUCCAGUAAAAGGGGCAAGCGGCCGUGUUGAUCUGGGAAUUCAAACGUUGGUGCUUGCUAUUUUGACACAAGGGCUUAAAAAAAUUGGUCUGCAGCUAUUUUGGUUUUAACACAAAGGUUGUGGGAUCAUGGUUUCAAAAUCUUAUUCAAAUCUGUUAGAAAUGAGUUGUGGAGAUGGAGUUGACUUUAGGCAAACUUUUAAAUCUCUUCCUCGUGUGGUAACCUCUCCUGGCAUUAUAUCUGAUCCUGAUUGGGACACUAGAAGUGAUUGUGAUUCAGUUGGCUCAGCAUCUUCUGUUGAGAGGAAAAUAAUUGUUGCCAACUUCCUUCCACUGAACUGUACAAGAGAUGAAGCUGGGCAAUGGUCCUUCUCAAUGGAUGAUGAUGCACUGCUCAUGCAACUUAAAGAUGGCUUUUCAAAUGAGACUGAUGUCCUUUAUGUGGGUAGUUUGAAGGUUCAGGUAGAUCCCAAUGAGCAAGAUCAAGUCGCACAAAAGCUUCUUAGAGAUUUUCGAUGUAUACCUACUUUUCUCCCUUCUGACCUCCAGCAGCAGUUCUAUCACGGCUUCUGUAAGCAGCAGUUGUGGCCACUUUUCCAUUAUAUGCUUCCCAUUUGCCUUGAGAAAGGUGAGCUCUUUGAUCGCUCCCUGUUUCAAGCCUAUGUCCGAGCCAACAAACUUUUUGCUGACAAAGUUAUGGAAGCAAUUAAUACGGAUGAUGAUUAUGUCUGGGUUCAUGAUUAUCACCUCAUGCUUCUCCCAACAUUUCUUAGAAAGAGGUUGCACCGUAUAAAGCUUGGAUUUUUUCUCCACAGUCCAUUUCCCUCCUCAGAAAUCUAUAGGUCACUGCCUGUAAGAGAUGAGAUCCUGAAGUCAUUGCUUAAUGCUGAUCUUAUUGGAUUCCAAACAUUUGACUAUGCCCGCCACUUCCUUUCUUGUUGCAGCAGAUUAUUGGGUCUGAAUUAUGAAUCAAAACGUGGUUACAUUGGAAUAGAUUAUUUUGGAAGAACAGUUAGCCUGAAGAUCCUCCCAGUGGGUGUACAUGUUGGUCGUCUUGAGUCCAUCCUAAAGUUGCAUGCUACAGUAAAUAAGGUUCUAGAAAUUGAGCAAAGGUAUAAAGGCAAGAUGCUGAUGUUAGGUGUAGAUGACAUGGACAUCUUCAAAGGGAUCAGUCUAAAACUUCUUGGGUUGGAGCUACUUCUAGAUAGGAAUCCAAAACUCAGAGGGAAGGUUGUCCUUGUACAGAUUAUCAAUCCAGCAAGAAGCACAGGGAAAGAUGUGGAAGAAGCAAUAACGGAAUCUGUCUCCGUAGCUGAAAGAAUCAACAUAAAGUAUGGUUCUGUAGAUUACAAGCCUGCUAUCCUUAUUUACCAUCGUAUACCAUUUUAUGAAAAGAUUGCAUUCUAUGCUGCAUCCGAUUGUUGCAUUGUAAAUGCUGUGAGGGAUGGUAUGAACUUGGUACCAUAUGAGUACACUAUUUGCCGGCAGGGAAAUGAGGAGAUAGAUAAUGCCAGAGGCAGUGACAUAAACUGCCAUCAUACAAGUACAUUAAUUGUUUCCGAGUUUGUUGGUUGCUCCCCAUCUCUUAGUGGUGCUUUCAGGGUAAAUCCUUGGAGUGUUGAUGAUGUGGCUGAUGCCCUACAUCAUGCAACAGACUUGACUGAACCUGAAAAAAGGUUACGGCAUGAAAAGCACUACCGUUAUGUUAGAUCUCAUAAUGUUGCUUACUGGGCACAUAGCUUUGCUCAAGAUCUGGAAAGGGCAUGCAAAGAUCACUACAGCCGAAGGUGCUGGGCUAUUGGUUUUGGUCUGAACUUCAGAGUGCUUGCUCUUUCUCCUGGCUUUAGAAAGCUCUCUUUGGAGCACUUUGCUUCUUCUUAUAACAAGGCUACCAGAAGGGCAAUAUUUCUUGACUAUGAUGGUACCCUUGUGCCCCAGUCAUCAAUCAAUAAAGCUCCAAGCGAAGAAGUUAUUGCUAUUCUUAACAGCUUGUGUGAUGACUCGAAGAAUGAUGUAUUCAUAGUCAGUGGAAGAGAGCGUAAUUUGCUUGAUGAUUGGUUCUCUCCAUGCGAGAAGCUUGGUAUUGCAGCAGAACAUGGUUAUUUUGUCAGAUGGAACAAAGCAGCCGAAUGGGAAUCAAGCUAUCCAAAUCAGGAUUUUGAGUGGAAGCACAUUGCUGAACCGAUCAUGCAAGUUUACACCGAAACAACUGAUGGAUCCUCGAUAGAGCCAAAAGAAAGUGCUCUGGUAUGGCAUUAUCUGGAUGCAGACCAUGACUUCGGUUCCUGCCAAGCAAAGGAACUACUAGGCCAUCUUGAAAGGGUGCUAUCAAAUGAACCUGUUGUUGUGAAGUGUGGCCAUUACAUCGUAGAAGUCAAACCACAGGGAGUUAGCAAGGGGCUUGUUGUGGACAAGGUGAUUCACAGAUUGAUCAACCACGGGAAGACACCAGAUUUUGUGAUGUGCAUUGGUAACGAUCGAUCGGACGAGGACAUGUUUAAAAGCAUCGAUAACAUGACCUCCAGUUCUGCAUUCCCCACACUUCCAGAGGUGUUUGCAUGUUCAGUCGGCCAAAAGCCCAGCAAAGCAAAGUACUAUGUCGACGAUACUAGUGAAGUAAUAAGAUUGCUCAAGAAUGUAGCUGGCAUUUCAUCGCGCCGGGAGGUUGUCAGCCAUGGACGUGUGACGUUCAGAGAUGUACUGGAUUAUGUGGACUGAACCACCUGAUCUUGCUAGCAUCCAACCAUGUGUACAUUCUAAUGUCUUCGUCUACAAUGGUCCAUUCUAAGAGGUUGUUUUGCCUAGAGCUGUAGAGCACUAGACUGGCCAACAUGAAUCAUCACCACCAUUAGGACAACUACAGGGAGUGCAAGCUGAAGCUCAGCAUUUUUAGUUUAGGUGAUGUACAUCAUAUGUAGGCAAUUUUGAUAAUUGAGGCGGUUCCUGCUUGAGAAUUGUACUGUGAAAGAAAAGGCUUCAAUAGCCCACCGAUUUUCUUCACUUACCAGUUGCCAGUGUUUACCUGAAUGACUGCAUCCAACCUCCUGCUUCACAUUGAUGAUUGUGUUGGCUUUUUGAAAUUAUAUUUAGGAAGAAGUUGCAUU